GGACACCUGAGUGGAGGAGGAGGAGGCAUCGGGCGCCAUUGCAGAAUCAACGUAGAUUCAACUCCGCCGCUGCGCAUUGUAUCGCACGGAAUACAACCAAAAUUGGGCACUGCAUUACCCGCUUGAAAAAUGGGCGUAGCACGGACACACACCAAGUGGAGACUUUAUCGGCAGUACUUGAAAAUGGGUGUAGCGGAAUAGUUUCAAAAAUGAAAAUGGGCGUAAAGCGCUGGAUACUACACGCUCAUUGGAUCGUCGCGCAUGACGCGACGCGUGACGCGCUCAGUGGAAACUCGUGGAAACAUAGCCUAAGAAAUUUUUAUCAUUUCUUUUUAGCUAGUUGGCAGCAUUGCAUUUGAAAAUGAUCAUUGUUGAGUUUAUCCAGUAUGUCCGUCGUUGGUUAGCUGUGUGACAGUUGUAGUGAAUUCGAUCCCUGCGAAGUCGAAAAUUUGUUAGAAAGAAGGAAAAGAGGAAACAUUUUUUUGUCUAAUCUGUUUGAGUACCUAACGAAUCAUUAGUUUUAGAGUAGAUGUUCAUUAUGAAGUGAUAUCUAGUAGAAGAAUCUCACCGACAGUGCUUGACUUCUUAACAGAUAGUUCACUUUUCAAACAUUAAAAUGGUGAAGAACUUCGUGAUUCCCUUGGUGAAAGACGAGCUCUUGACGUCCUAUGCCAAUCAGUACUACGUCAAAGAGAUUAUCCCUCUACGGAUGAUAUCACAGACUCUCGAUGUCACGCGACAAGCAUUGGCGACAGAUGGAGCACACUUUGUACUGAAGCACUUUGAUACAUUUUUCUCCAUCAUUGUUCACGGGAGUAAAGUGGAGCUCAAUAUUUGCCUACGUGCCUUCAACAGGAUUCACAAAGCUGUGGCAGUACUCGUGAACGAUCUGGAAAAGAUAUUCGAUCAUGGCAAGGAUAUUACGGAAGAGGAAGACAGGGAAACAUAUCUGUGUCUUAACAAUAUGUUGGUGUACCUACUUUCGUGGUUUGUCUGUCAUAUGGAAGAACAUGUGAAAAAUGCAAACGAGGGUAACAUUGGAAAGCGUAAAAAAGUCACAAAAACGGAAAUCGAGGAAGAAUGGGAGCAGUCUAGGCUUAAAACAUUGGAGCUUCUGUAUCGAUGGCUGCAAUUGCCAUUGCACAAGAUUUGGAGACCACCUGUGGUCGACAAUUCGUUUGUCACGACUUUGGCGCAGAUAUGUUAUAAGAUAUUGGAACAGAGUAAGGAUGCCAAACAAAAACAUAUGAGGCAAACUACAUUUGAGAUCCUAGGAACUUUGAUCAAAAAGUACAAUCAUGGGAUAACUUGCGUUGUGAGGAUUGUUCAGCUGGUGAAAUUGUACGAUGCGCUGGCAGCACCCAUGGCGGCUGGCGUAGUACACUUGGCCAUCGAAUGCGGCUGCAGCGGUUUAAUAAAAGAGGUGAUGAAUGAGAUCGGGCAGAGGGAAGUUAGCGAAGCGGAUAACCGCAACACAUCCAUGUUUCUUGAGAAUAUCGCGAUCUUGCAGCCCAAUCUGAUAAUUCCCCUCCUGGACGACGUCACAGAUUAUUUGUCUAAUGAGUUCUAUACAAUGAGAAACUGUGUGAUUGGAAUCUUGGGUGCUGUGGUGCAAAAGGCACUGACCGGCGAAGAUCUCACGGACGAGCAGAAAGAACUACGCGACGAUUGUUUGGAUAGUUUGGAAGAGCACAUGCUGGAUUGCAACGCUUACGUGAGGUCGAAAGUGCUUCAGACUUGGCAGCACUUGUGCUGCGAAGGCGCUGUGCCAUUAGCGAGACAUGGGAAGCUUUUAGCCUGCACCGCGUUGCGACUAGAAGAUAAAAGCGCGAAUGUUCGUAAACAGGCUCUUCAGUUGCUGCGUACUCUGUUGCAAAGUAAUCCUUUUGCCGGCAAGUUAAAUUGCGUCGAACUUUCAAACUCGCUGGAAAAGGAGAAGGCAAAUUUGCAAGAAUUGCAAGCUCACAUCGUGAGUACUAGUGAACGUGGUCACGCGCAAAGAUUCGAGCUGUGGACUCUCUCACAAGCCGAUAUAAGGGCAGCAAUAAAGGAAAUUCUGAAAAAUAAUGGUGCGGAAUAUAUAAAUGAUAUGGAACAAGAUGAGAACAUCGAUCCAAAUCACGCGUUCGAAUGUGUGAGGCAACUAUUAUUGAGCCGAAAAGUCACUGAAGCAGUGACAUACCUGUGGAAAACGUGCACAAAAUUGGAGGGAGCUCCUGAUAUGGAAAAUCUUUCUGAUGCAGCAAAAGAGGAAUGUUUAUUUGUCUUUUUACUAAAAAUUUUUAUAGAAUCGGAGACUAAAUCAGAUACCGAUCCGACAAAUGAAGAUAAAAAUGAUGCGGGAAAAUCCGAGCAAGACAAUGGAAGAGAGGAGUUAAGAUUGCGAAAGCGCGUUAUAAGUUAUUUGAAAAAUUGUCUGAUGUUUGCGACCGAGCUGGAGAAAGCGAUACCAAUGGCGGAAAAGCUACUGUUCUCCACAUGUGCUGGGGACGCUGUCGAGUCGUGCACAUUCUUAGGAACUGCUUUUCAAUUCGGAGUAACCGGAGCGGCCGACUCCAUGCGCGAGGCUCUGUUUCAAGUGUUCCACCGCGAUCCAAAUGUGCGUAACAACGUGGCUGCGGUGUACAAGGAGAUCUACUUCAAUACGAGUAACGAUAAAUUAUCAGCUCGCCAAAUUGCCGUUGCCCGUACGAAUCGUCUGAUCGAGUUCCUGAAGGAAUUGAAACCUGGACAGAGUCCGGCUCUAACUCUACUGAUUGUGAUGUGGUACGAAAACGGAGACUUAGACAGCGUAUUACUGCAGGUCUUGUGGGAAAAGUUCUCCAUGAAAUAUCCGGACACGUCGCCAAUAGAUAGCAGAGCCGCGUUAAUGAUAAUAACAAUGAUAGCUCAGGCGAAGUCUAACAUAGUAUCUGAUAAUCUGGACGUGUUAAUAAAGAUAGGAUUUGGUCCGCGCGCGAAGGACGAUCUUCUUUUAGCACGAGAUACUUGCAGAACGUUGUUGAAGAUAAAACAAAGUAGCAAGGACGUCGAAAAAUCGCCUCUAAAGUAUCCUAACGAUCACGAAAUAUUUGAAGAAAUCCUGACGUUAUUAAUAGAUUAUUUUACCAGAGCGGAGGAGACUGCUUAUAUUUCCUUCGCGACGGAUGCGCUUAAUGUUAUAUAUCACUUAGCGAAUCAACCUAACAAGUUGAUAAAGAAAUUGCUAUUGGACAUUGCUGAUAAGGGUCAGUUUAUAAAUAAAGACACGAAUCAAGUGCUGGAUGUGUCGAACAACGUACUCUCCAGAUUCCUUUACAUAAUCGGACACGUUGCUAUCAAACAGUUAGUUUACCUGGACGUGUCUGUGUACAAGGAACAGAAGCGUAGGAACACGUUACGAGAGAUGCAGGGUAAGAAAAAGAAACGAUUACCGAAAAGUGCGACGCCAAACAUUAGAACUAACAACAACAAAUCAGCAAACACGUCAAACGUGCGACGAGUCUCUCGAAAAGAUUCCUCAAUGACAAUGACGGAGGACGGAGAAGAAGCCUUAGAAGGUGCGAUAGACGACGCUGAGGCGGAGUUUGUGAACGGCGAACUCGAAAACGAAAUUGUCACUGGGGAUGGCUUGCUCGCGAAAUUUGUUCCAUUAGUGUUGGAUGUAUGCCAAUAUCCUGACAAGUAUAACAACGAGGACGUGCAAGCCGCAGGUUCAGUCGCGCUCAGCAAAAUGAUGACGGUGAGCUCCCAGUUUUGCGAACAGUCCUUGCAACUUUUAAUCACCAUAUUGGAGCGAUCGUCAUAUCCGGGGAUUCGAUCGAGUAUGCUGAUUGGAUUAAGCGAUCUCGCUACCAGAUUCCCCAACCAAGUAGAACCGUGGUCCAAGCACAUCUAUGGCAGACUACGAGAUGAAGAUAUGAACGUGCGGAGGACGUGUGUUCGUAUGUUGUCGAAUCUGAUAAUGAGAGAAAUGAUACGCGUAAAGGGACAGGUUUCGGAAUUAGCCCUUUGUGUCAUCGAUGAGGACGAACAGAUACGUCGGGACACGAAAGAAUUCUUCGUUCAGCUUGCUCAAAAAGGCAACGCUCUAUAUAACAUAGUACCUGACAUAUUAUCGCGCUUAGCGGAUCCUCAGUUAAAUCUCGAUGAAAAACAUUUUCAAGAAACCAUAAAAUACAUUCUCGGCCUAAUGCAGAAAGAAAAGCAAAUCGAUACAAUAAUUGAUAAGAUUUGCGCUAGAUUUAAGUUAGCUGCCACAGAGAGACAGUGGCGUGAUCUUUCCUACUGUCUUUCGCUUUUGCAAUUCAGCGGAAAGAGUAUACAACAUCUUAUCGAGAGUUUGCCACUGUUGAAAGAAAAAAUUCAUUAUGAACCAGUAUUAACGGCCUUGCAUAGUAUAAUAGAACAGACGAAGAAAAAGGCAGAUGCAAAGGCCGUUUGUAUAGAAUUGGAAGAGAAGAUACAGGAACUUCUGGAGGCCAAAGGGGAUGACGAAAUAACAGAUAGACAUCUAAUGCCACCACCGUCUGCCGUGCCGAGGAACAAAAGAAGUACUCAUCGAAGAAGACGUAAAAACAUGAGCGAUGAAGAGGAAGAGGAAGAGGAAGAGGAAGAUAGUUCCGAUGACUCUGAGGAAGACGUAGACAGUGUUCCCGUUCAAAAACCCAAAAGAAGAGAACAUACGAAAGAGGACACAAUUGCGGCAAAUGAUAGCAACGCAUCACCGUCAGUCAAACGACUGAAAACCAAUAAACCAGUACGGGAAACUCCAACAAGGGGUUCAGCUCGAUCAGCUCGUAAAUAAUUUUGACUUGUAACACUUUCUGGAAUUACGUAAAUAAUUUUUACUUAUAAAAUUUGAAAUUAAUAAAAAAUAUAACUUUUGUAUAAAUAAACUUAUUCUAUGUAGUAACAGCAGUAUAAUUAAUAAUAGUAAUAGAAAGUGAGUAGUAGUAUUAUAAAAUGAGAUAGGCGCAUCGUACAUAUUAAAUAAAAGUGAUAUUGAAAAGUGUGCAAAACUCAAUUUUGUAUGCAUCUAAUGUAUUAAAAACUCUAUUUUAUGUACAUCUAAUGUAUUACUAAAAUUUCAGUUUAUAUAUUUGUACAUAAAGAAAAUUUAAUACAAAUUCACACAUGUUGCUCGAA